UUCGGUUACAUUAUCUCUCUUCACUGCCUUGCAGAGUCAUACACAUAUACAUAUAUAUAAAAGCCAAUCUCUUUCUUGGUGGGAGUUGGUCUUUUGGGCUCUCAGAUUUGCAUUUUUCUGAAAAGCCAAGGAUAGACUACUGCUCAAUCCUUUACACUCGAUACUUUUUGUAUAGAAAAUGAGAGGGGGUUUAUGGCAACUUGGCCAAUCAAUCACCCGCCGCCUUGCACAGGCUGAUAAAAAGGCGGUAGCUCGUCGAUAUUAUUCUGUGGACUCUGAGCUCAAAAAAACUGUUCUUUAUGAUUUCCAUGUUGCAAACGGUGGGAAGAUGGUACCAUUUGCCGGGUGGAGCAUGCCUAUUCAGUACAAAGACUCAAUCAUGGACUCUACUGUCAAUUGUAGGGACAACGGGAGUCUAUUUGAUGUCUCCCACAUGUGUGGACUGAGCCUCAAAGGAAAAGACAGUAUUUCUUUCCUUGAGAAACUUGUUAUUGCUGAUGUUGCCGGGCUUGCCAAAGGAACAGGAACGCUUACUGUAUUUACAAAUGAGAAGGGUGGUGCCAUUGAUGACUCUGUGAUCACCAAGGUUACUGAUGAUCAUAUAUACUUGGUGGUGAAUGCUGGGUGCAGGGAUAAGGAUCUGGCUCACAUUGAGGAGCACAUGAAAGUGUUCAAAUCCAAAGGUGGGGAUGUCUCAUGGCACAUCCAUGAUGAGAGAUCUCUUUUAGCCCUCCAGGGCCCACUUGCUGCUCCAACUCUUCAACACUUGACAAAAGAUGAUUUGAGCAAGUUCUAUUUUGGAGACUUCCGAGUGUUGGAUAUCAAUGGCUCAAAAUGCUUCCUCACCAGAACCGGGUACACCGGUGAAGAUGGAUUUGAAAUUUCUGUUCCUUCCGAGCAUGCAGUGGAUCUUGCCAAAGCAAUCUUGGAAAAGUCAGAAGGAAAGGUGAGACUGACUGGUUUGGGUGCUCGAGAUAGUCUUCGACUGGAAGCAGGACUGUGUUUGUAUGGCAAUGAUAUGGAACAACACAUAUCACCUGUUGAGGCUGGACUUACAUGGGCCAUAGGGAAGAGAAGAAGGGCAGAAGGUGGUUUUCUGGGUGCUGAGGUGAUCCUCAAACAACUGGAAACAGGUCCAUCAAUUAGGCGUGUUGGUUUGAUCUCAUCAGGCCCACCUGCAAGAAGCCACAGUGAGAUUCAGAACGAGAAGGGCGAAAACAUUGGGGAAGUCACCAGUGGAGGAUUUAGUCCUUGCCUCAAGAAGAACAUAGCUAUGGGGUAUGUGAAAUCUGGACUACACAAGGCAGGGACCAAAGUUAAGAUUGCAGUUCGAGGAAAGGCCUAUGAUGGGGCUAUCACAAAAAUGCCAUUUGUACCUACAAAAUACUAUAAGCCAACCUGAUUUAGGCGUGGCUUCUCAGUGCCAGAAAUAUUCUAAUUCGUUCAUCAUGGACAGCAUUUUCAUAAAACUUGACUGCUGCAGUCAAUGCUAAUUUCAAUUCUCUAUUUCCUACACAUUCUGAAUGGAAUGAAAUGUUUCUUUCUUCAAA